UCUUUCCACGUACGCCACGUACUAAAAUACUGUUUCUCAAGGGUGCUGUUUCUUUGGUUGGUGUCUCAAGACAGGAAAACUCUUGAUACCCAAAAAAGAAAGAUAGGAAGACUUUUUCUCGGGGUCCUACUUGUUCUUCCUCCGUCUUGAUGUUUCAGAAAUCCAUCCAAGGAAUUCUGUGCUGCAGAGGCAUUCUUUGUUCAUUUAUUCAGGUGUCGUAGGGACAUUCAUAUUAUGCUAUCACUGGCAAUUCGACGAAGAGGCGAAAUAUCGGGGAGUUUCUGAGGAUUUUGACAACAAGGUCGAUCCCAAAACUGAUUGCUGCAAGGAUAAAGGAAGCCUUGGUUCAUUUGAGCCACAAAGGUACUGUUCUUCAACCAAGGUGCAUUUUGUUGACUGAAUCUGAAUGGGAGUCUAUUUGAGGUUGAGGAAUGUCCAUGGACUCUGAAAAUCUCUCGAGCGAACAAUGAUGCCAGUUUCACGACUUCUUCUGAGCCUUCCCCGAUCAUUUCGUAGAAACGCCGAGACGAGGAUGCAGGCCGGGGACACGGAGAUGCGGUUCGGCCGGUGCCCGUACUGCCGCGCCAUGAUCCGGCAGAACCCCAGCGCCGCCGUCUACUACUGCAGCAAAUGCCGCACUCCGAUCCGAGGCAAGAACACAGAGCCGGCGGGCGAAGCAACAGACGACGCUCUGAGCAGGCUGGAGAUACUCUCGGCCGACGGUACCGCCUCGGUGUUCUCCGACGAUCCCGACGCUUCCUCCUCUACGCAGGCUUCGGUCAUCGACGUCGACGGCGACCAGCCUCCGUUCUCGAGCGGCUACAACUCUUGCUCCAACUCCGAUGCCGCACCAAACAUCCACGACAAUACAGCUGUAGCGGUUCCAUCGCCGAGCAAGAAUGGGGAGCAGCAAGACGAAGGUGGAUCAGUGAACCAUCACGUCAACGAACUCCGGCCAUCGUCUCGACGGACGAGGCGCGCGUCGAGCGCUUCUGACUCGGGCGUUCUGCGCCGAGGCGACUUCUCUGUCUCGAAGGAGCUCGGGACGUCUGUAAGCAUGUCUGGAGUAGGAUUGGAGGCAUCCAAUGUCGGCGUCGCGACGUCGCCCCUGACGGACCCGGCGUUCCACAGGGACCUGCUGCGCCUGCUGGACAAGCUCCGGGGCAUGGUCGCCGCCAUCGAGCUGCAGCCGCAGCCGGCGAGCAAGAGGUGCGAAUCCCGCUUCUUCCGCCGGAUGGAGUCGCGGCUCUCGCAGCAGGCGGAGCACGGCGCCCCGCGCCGGGGGAAUAACGCGAGCGCCGGUUCCUCGUGGUCGUCGUUCAACGGGAACGGUGAGCGUCCCGCGGCGAGGUUGAGGAAGAAGCACAAGCACCACUGCCUCCCGGUGUUUGGUGGAGCGCCGUUCGCGGUGUGCGGCGAGUGCUCGGAGCUGCUGCGGGUGCCGGCGUUGGCGAGGGUGCCGCUGCGGCGGAGGGUUGCCAGGCUGAGGUGCGGCGGGUGCGAGGGAGUGCUCGAGCUGGCCCUUCCCGCGGCCGCGGGUGCCGUCGCUGGCCACGCGCAGGCGGACCGGCGGAGCGGGGCGCGCUCUGCGACGACGGCGUCCGGCAGUUCCCACGGCUCGGGUGACCUGCAACGCGAGGCGGACAGGAGCGGCGGCGCGCAGCAGGUGCCGGCGCUGCUGCUGCUGCAUCAUGCGUUGGGGUAUGAUUCGCCAAGCCCGCUUCUGCAGAGCCGCCGGUACUGAAGAUGAACCGCGUGGUUAAUUAGAAGAUGAACUGUGUUUUCUCAUGUACAUGUCGGAGGUUGUCUUUGGGUGAUUUUUCUUUUUGAGAGGGUAUUUGGAUGAUUUUCUUGGAACGUGUUUCGGUUGUUUCUUUUUCUUUUUUUGGCAAAUCAUCAGUCUAUUUACUGAUUAUAAACAAAGCGACGCAAUAUGACAAGUGAUGAAAUAAAACCGAUAAAAAAC